GCAGCUGCAGGAUCUGCUCCACAUUUGAAUGUAUAAGGGAUCGGAAGGGACCAUUUCCAUGGGCCAUCUGUUACACAGACUGCAGCGCUGACAAAGGUUCCCAGGAUGGUUUUAGUGCAUGUUGGAUAUCUGGUUCUUCCUGUUUUUGGCUCUGUAAGAAACAGAGGUGCCCAUUUUAACAGGCAUCAGCACAGCCAUGCUACCUCCUGUCGGCACUUCCACCUCGGCCCCCAGCCUCAGAUGCAGACUGAGUUCACCCACCCUCACCCCCACCCUGGGCAGACCCAGCCAGGCAUGAACCCACACCUGCCGUCUGCUCACCAGCAUGCCACACAGCUCCAUCAGCCUCUGACACCCCUGACAGCCCCGCAGUUCCAAGACGUACCGGGACCCCCUUUCCUACCUCAGGCCUUACACCAGCAAUACCUCAUCCAGCAGCAGCUACUGGAGGCACAGCACAGGAGGAUCCUUCCACACCCCAGGCGGAUUCAGGAUCGAGUGCCCAUUCACCCACACAGGCUACGCUCCGGCUAUGACUACCCUCCCAACCUGCAUGUUCCCCAGCCAAUGGGGCAGCAGCCAAGGUACCUGGCGGAAGGCACGGAUUGGGACCUCAGUGUGGAUGCAGGAUUUUCUCACCCUCAGUAUCAAGUCAGGCAACUUCCCCAACACUAUCAGCAUUACUUGGCCACUCCCAGAAUGCACCACUUUCCAAGAAACGCAUCAUCAGCACAAGUGGUUGUUCAUGAAAUCAGGAAUUAUCCCUAUCCACAACUGCACCUGCUAGCCCUGCAAGGACUCAACCCUACAAGACAUGCUUCAGCAGUGAGGGAAAGUUAUGAGGAGCUGUUGCAGCUAGAAGACAGGCUGGGAAGUGUGAACCGGGGAGCGGUCCAGACCACUAUCGAGAGAUAUACCUUCCCACACAAGUAUAAGAAGAGAAAACCGCAUGAAUUGAAAUUAGCCAUGUAUGAAGAGGAGGAGUCAGACAUGGAUGAGAAAUGCACAAUCUGUCUUUCCAUGCUGGAAGAUGGAGAAGACGUCAGGAGGUUACCUUGUAUGCAUCUCUUCCAUCAAGGCUGUGUGGACCAAUGGCUGGCCACCAGUAGGAAGUGCCCUAUUUGCCGAGUGGACAUUGAAACUCAGUUGACGCCUGACAGCUGAUGCUUCCCUCCCUCCUGUCUGGAUCUCCUGCCAUUCCUUGGUUCCUCAGGCAUGUUGCCAAAUGUUUCAAAGUCUUCACCGCUUUCAACCCUGCCUUCUGAGACAAGAGAGAAGACGACUCAACAAGCACACUCAAACAAAUCAAAAGGCGGGAGGGCAGGUAGCAGCGUUGGGGCCUUGCUUAUCUCGGGAGCUGGUUUUCCCAGAUAACACAAUAAGCACAGCUCUAUAUUUAUUAAAGCCAUUUCAUAAAGAAAGUACUAAAAUUCAUAGCAUGCAGUCCUUAACCUGUUAAGGAUUUGUACAUAUACCUCUACAUUGGCUGGGGUAUUAUUUGUUUGCCUAAUGCAUAUUGGUAGCUGUAUGGAAAGUGGCUUGCAUUUUAGCCCCCUGAUGAACUGCAUUAGGGGCCUCUAUUACAUUUAGUAUGACUACUUACUGAAAUAUUGUAUUAGCUUAAGUCUAGUGGUGUUAGGGGUUGUCUGUAGUCUUCUUGUGAGCACAGGUAUUUUUAUUACCAGAACUGUUUCAAUGCAACUGUUACGUGGCACAUCAAGGCAUCUUACUGAAGGAUGGAUGCCUCGACACUGAAGCAUAAGAACAAACCUCUGAAGAAAGCUCAAGGGUGUUUGUUUUUGGGGGGGGGGGGGCUUUGGUGCCCUGUACAAUGCAGAAUAUAAAAGUAAAUACAUAUUCCUGCUGAACAGAAAGAAAAUCUCUUCCCAAGUCGGUAGUACCGACCUACUCCCUCCUUACCACAGUUAACAACGGUGCAUCUUCGCACUGUAGGCACACCAUAAAAAAAAAAAUGCAUGUUUAAAUGUUGGCUUAGGCAGUUUUGUUAGUAUGUGACAAGGAUGGGUGUCUGUGCAUGAAAUUGUUAUCCGAGAGACGUGAUUUUUGUGGGGGAACAGAAAUGGAAAUGGCAUUACUGACACAGGGUAUCCUGUCUUCAUCUUGUCAUUGUAUUGGUUGCUGGUGGAUCCUAUUUAGAUGUAUACCUUAAUGCCUAAAGAACAAGCACAUUUCAUAUGACAGAGCAACAAGCUCUUCUUCAUCUUCUUUUUAUUCUUUAUGACUGCAAAAACCAUCCAGUGUUUGGAGAGAAUGAUAAGCUACUGUGUGUAAACUCUUGUAUUUUGGUGUAUCAGAUCUCCCCCACAUGGUUGCUAUGCUGUGUUGCUAGACCAACGCUGUAGAAUAUUCUACGACAGUUGCAGUAUCCCUGUUAUAUUUCGGGUUUAUCAAUAUCAAAGGGCAUGAUAUAGCUAGGGGAAAAAUAAGCCAUUCUUUUGAAAACCAAACAUCUAUCUCUAUCUAUCUAUCUAUCUAUCUAUCUAUCUAUCUAUCUAUCUAUCUAUCUAUCUAUCUAUCUAUCUAUCUAUCUAUCUGCAAUGAAAGUGCAUUAAAUUAAGACACAAGACUGUUUUGUAACAUCCAAUGUAUUACAGUUCUACUGAAUUAAAACUACAGUGGUGAGAUUAUAGUAUUAUAGGUAUAGAACAGUACAGUGCAGUUACACAGUCUAAAUGCACUCCAUACGAAUCUGACCCAACUGCAGUUGUUAUAUAUGGGUAUGUACCUAUCUAUGCAUGUGUUUAUCUUUCUAUUUGUUCAAUCUUAAUCUGCUCCAUUGCUGCUAGGUAGCGCUGGGUUUCAGUAUCAUUUUUUUUUCAUACUGAGCAUUCUUGGGCAUUCUGCUGGCAGUGCCCAUAUAUCUCCCCACCAGCAUGACAGCACAGAGCAGCUAGCUAGAAUUCUCUUAGCCAUUGUUUGAAGUAGAAGUUCUAUAGCAUACUGUACAAUAGUACUGCCAAAAUUAUUGUAAAAACUUAAUCACCUUUUAGCAAAGUGGUUAUUAAGAGGUUUUUUUUUGCAAUAGUACUUUUUUAAAAUCAUCUUUUAAGCCUUGGUCACCCAAAACCUCUUAAUGGGGAGGUCUCUGUGUUUGACUAAUAUAACUUAGUGGAGGUUUUACGUACUUGUUACAUUUCUUUUAAUUAGGUUUCAUCAUUGCUUAUAAUACAAUAAAAUAAAACAUUACAUGUUUUUAACAACUUCUAUUUAGAAAAAAAACAAAGGAAUUGCUACUGAGAAUAUAGGAAGUUGCAAACAUAUUUUUGCUAAAACACACAAUAAGUUUUAUGUAUACGGCUCACCAUAUUUAAACAAAAACAACAAUUUAGUGGAAUCUGGUGGGGAUGGGAGUGGGGGAUUAGACAUAUCACUUGUGUGCCUGUGGUUUUAGUUUCUUGCUGUCACAGAUCCCAGGCGUACAGUGAGCUUGGAACAGGAAUAAGAUUUCUAUUGAUUCAAUGUUGAACUUAUUGGAAUCUUCCCCAGUGCAUUUGUAGAGUAGAACGAUUAGAGCCUGCUAGCAAGUUACAGCCUCAGAGCAAGCAUGUAUUAUGAAAAUAAAUGGUGUUCUAGUGCUCAUGGCUUCACUGUCUAAAGAAAUGGGGAUACUGCAUUCUGCUUCCGUAGAGUGUCCUAUGAGAUUUUUUGAUAGUUUACAGGGUGUUGUGAGUUGAAAUGCCUUAAGUAUUUAACAAUCAUAAUUUAUUACUAACUGUAGAUAUUGUGGGUAUGAAUAUAAUUUUUUAUAGUUUGAUUUUUUUGCUAUUUUAAUUAUAAUUUAUUUAUUUAGAAAUAACAUGAAAUGUAAAAAAAAAAUAUUACCUCAUUUUACAUUGUUUUAUGGGAAUGCUUUGCAUGCGGUGGUAUUUUACAGAAAAACAAAAAAGCAAAAAAAAUCCACUUUUCUUUUUAAUUUAAGAGAUCAGGGUGUGUGAUUCAGACGUGUAGUACUGUGGUGCUGUUAAUCUUGGAUACAUUCCAUUAAAAUGCAAUUUCUAUGAUUCUGUAUGCUGUGAUCUAGUGGACAAACUGCAAUAUAGUGGAGAUGGUUUAGUAUGUAUCCUUUUGUUUUUGCACUCUUAGUUAAUACUGGCUACCCGUCCACUGGCAUUUUAUAAGAAGUUUUCCUUUGAACUGUGUUUUUUUUUUUGCCAUUUUUUGAAAUACAUCUUUUGAACCAGUUCUACCAUUACCUAUUUAAAUCUCUUGUUAAACAGAUAAAACAUUUUACUUUUCAUAAGUUAACAGCUCCAAGUGCCUCUCUAUUUUAGUGGCAAAUAAGCUUUUACAUUUUUAGUUACCUUAACUGCAGGUUUGGAUUCUACUAUCCUAAUGGUUUAUUCUUCUGGUUCAAAGUCGUAAUUUCUCUAAAUGCAUUGUAAUUCAUUAAGUAAAGGACAACUUGCUUAUCAUGUUUAAGGGAAUUAUAUAAAAAAUGAAUAUGAAAGAUAUUGCCGUGGCAUCUUUCUAUUUAUUGACACUUUUUGUUCAUAAAACAGGACUGGCAUAAAUUCAGCUUUAUACGUUUGCCUGCCUUCUUUUUGUGCAUUCCAAUUUAGGUGCUGUUUCCAAGAUUACAAUACACAUUUUCACAUGUACUCAAUCCCUCCAAUGUAGUAUUAUUGUAUUCCCCCCACCCCUACCCCCCACAGUUAUUAUAAAUCUGAGACAUGGUGCAGCCGUGCAAUUUUAUAUGCAAACCAGCUGACUCCAGGUAACAUGCAGUACAGUGGUAUUUUGUACUUGUUAUCAUAGGUUUGGGGGAUAUAUUUCUACCUUGCUGAGUCAUCAGAUUACCUAUUUAUUAAUCUGUGAAUGCUCGGUCCAUGCCUAGGCCUCGGAGACACAAAGUAGCCGAGAGACAGAAUGUGCGCACAACCAUGACAUAUCUUAGGCACAGUCUUCGAAGGGUCGCUUGUUUGACUACACCAGGAAAUCUUAAAUUGCUCCCAAAAACAACGCUUUAGAAAGAAAGCGCCGUAUUCUUUCAGCUGAUGAUUUAAAGGUAUCAUUUCCAAUCACAUGUCCUCCUAUAGCUAAUUCUGUUUUACCGUGCACCCAGUAUGUACAGCUUGGUAGAAUUGAGUCCUGAUCACUAACCAUUCACACUGCCACUUACCCCUUCCAGAUACUGAAUAAUGCCUUCCACUGCCUUUGUAUCCACUAUGUUAGAUUUCCAGCCACAGUAGUAAAAAUGGAAAACAAGAAUGACUUCUAUUUUAAAACACAACCUAUUUACGUGCAUGUUUUUUUGUUUUUUUUUCCUCAGGUCUGAAUAUAUACAUUUUAAAACAGCAAAUAUAUAUUGCAGAUUCAUGUUUUAAGUAACAAAUGCUGGCUUGCUGCUGCUCAUUUUAAAAAGGUGUGUUUCUUUACAAUGCCAGUGGAAAGUUUGCCCCAUUUUAUUUUUCUUUGUACAAGCAACUGCUGUUUUGCUGUAACAGCGCAAUGUUUUAUUACAUAGAAUAUUUUAUAGAAGAAAAAAAUUGAAAUAUUUAUCAUUAAUAUUAAAGCAAUAGCAUAUUAAUGAUGAUGAAGCAGAACUAGAAAAGUGUAUCAUGUGUGAAAUCCUAGAUUCACUUUUGGUGGAUUUUGUACUUUAUUUAUUACUACGACUACUACUAAUAAUAAUAAUAAUAAAACAAAUAAUAGUAAUAAUUGCAUUGCUAAACCCAAACUGUUCUGUUCUCUUUUCAUUUCAAAGGCUGUAUAUUAUCAUUUUUUUUGUAUGUGUUUUUUAAAUAAAUAAUUUAAAAAUGCAAAACAAAACGUGCUGUAGAAAAACAAACUUCC